UAAAGAGAGGAAAGACAGAAGUGGUGCAUCACAAGCCCCUAAUGUUCAGGGUCACGCUGGGGUCACAUAAGAUCCAGAGCUCUCUCCUAUCCCGUCCACUCUCCCGGCUCUGGUCUCCAGUCCAUGCUUCAGGUGGCCAGACCCCAGCCAGCCACGGGAGAGAAGAGAGACGAGGGUGAAGACGAGGCUGUAGCCAGCGGAGGUGCUAGUGAGACCAUGUCUAAGGACUCAUGUGAACAUGAGGCACCAACACCCAUGACUAAAUUUGUGCAAAUGGCCCUGAUGGCAAAAAAGUGGAAGAACAGGUCAAAAGAAGAAACAACAUCCUCUAGGACCUCUAGAGAGAACCUGCGUGACAGACAGACGAGGAGACCCAUGGUGGAGAUUCCCCGUGCUCUGAAACUAGAGGUUCUGGAGGAAGCACACCAGAUUGUUCACAAGACUUUGCAGAGGUACAGGUCAGAGCUUGGACUGCGCCACAAGCUGACACUGCAAGCAGAGCAGCACUGUGAGAAUCUGGCACAGCAACUUGGCCACACCCAGCACACCCACUGAUGUUCUUACUUCAACUACACUUAUUCUUGGGGAAAUUUUGUUGUAAUGGUAUGUGGUCACAA